GUGUUCCCCGACCUCCCCAGGUCCUCCCCGGUUCCGCCGCGCCCCCCCCGGUGCCUCCGUUUCGCCGCCACCUCCGUGCGCCCCCCCGGGCUCUCCACGCGCACCCCGUUGGGGCAGCGGCAGCCGGUGCCCGGGGGUGGGAGGUGGAGAGCCGCGACCCCCCCCAGCUCCGGGGGGCUGAGCGGUGAGGCACAGCACGGAGCUGCCGUCCCAACGGGGGUGCCGGUGUCUGGGCACCCCCCGGGCACGGAACAGCACCUGCGUGCACGGCCCCGCACCCCGACCCUCCCCAGGCACCCUGUGGGGCCGGGGGGGCGCAGCGGGGCCGGGGGCUGGCACCCCCUGCGCUGGCACCCACGUGGGCACUGCUGGGAGCUUUGCCAGGGGCACAGUCCAAGGGCACGGAGCUGGCCCUGGUCAGCGCUCGGAGCACCCGGAGUGGCCGGAGCUAUGGCACCCUGCACCUUCCUCCUGCUCCUUCUCCUCCUCCUCCUGCAGGUCACGGUGCUCAGCACCCACGUAGAUGACGUGGCCUUCUCCAAGUCUGGCCGCAGCCUCCGAAGGCAGAAGAGGGACUGGGUCAUCCCCCCCAUCAGCUGCCCCGAGAACCACCGGGGGCCCUUCCCCAAGCAGCUGGUGCAGAUCAAAUCCAACAAGGACAAGGAGAUCAAAGUUUUCUACAGCAUCACUGGGCAGGGGGUGGACAGCCCCCCCGUGGGCGUCUUCACCAUCGAGCGUGAGACGGGGUGGCUGGAGGUGACGAAGCCGCUGGACCGCGAGGAGAUCGAGAAAUACGUCAUCUUCUCCCACGCCGUGUCGGCCAACGGGCAGCCCGUGGAGGACCCCAUGGAGAUCAUCAUCACGGUGAGGGACCAGAACGACAACAAGCCCGUCUUCACCAAGCAGCUCUUCGUCGGCUACAUCGAGGAGAACGCCAAGCCGGGUACCUCUGUGAUGACCGUGAACGCCACGGAUGCGGACGACGCGGUGACCGUGAACAACGGCAUCGUCAGCUACUCCAUCGUCAGCCAGGAGCCGCCCAAACCGCACCCCCAGAUGUUCACCAUCGACCCCCAGAAGGGCGUCAUCAGCGUCCUCGGCACGGGGCUGGACCGCGAGACCACCCCCAACUACACGCUGAUCGUCCAGGCCACGGACCAGGAGGGCACGGGGCUGUCCACCACCGCCACGGCCGUCAUCGAGGUCACGGAUGCCAACGACAACAUCCCCAUCUUCGACCCCACCAUGUACGAGGGGACGGUGCCCGAGAACGAGGUGGGGCUGGAGGUGGCCAGGCUGCACGUGACGGACCAGGACAUGCCGGGCUCCCCGGCCUGGCAAGCCGUCUACCGCAUCAAGAGCGGGGACCAGGACGGCACCUUCAGCAUCACCACCGACCCCAACACCAACGACGGCAUCCUGAGGACCGCCAAGGGCCUGGACUACGAGACCAGGAACCGCUACGACCUCGUGGUGACGGUGGAGAACAAGGUCCCCCUCUCCGUGUCCCUCGGGCUCUCCUCGGCCAGCGUGCUGGUGCUCGUCAGGGAUGUGAACGAGCCCCCCGUCUUCGUGCCCCCCGUCAAGAGGGUGGAGGUGCCGGAGGACCUGCCGGUGGGGCACGAGGUCGCCUCCUACACGGCCCAGGACCCCGACAAGGACCAGAGGAACAGGAUCACGUACCGCAUGGGCAGCGACCCCGCGGGGUGGCUGGCCAUCGACCCCGAGAACGGCAUCGUCACGGCCGCCCAGCCGCUGGACCGCGAGUCGGUGCACGCCAUCAACAGCACCUACAAGGCCAUCGUCCUGGCCGUGGACAACGGGGUGCCGGACGCAACGGGCACGGGGACGCUGCUGCUGCUCCUCCAGGACGUGAACGACAACGGGCCCACGCCGGAGCCCCGCAUCUUCGACAUCUGCAGCCGGCAGCCUGAGGACCAGACGCUGACCAUCGUGGACAAGGAUCUGCCCCCAAACACCUACCCGUUCCAGGCAGCGCUGGAGCACGGCUCCGGCACCAACUGGACCGUUGAGAUAUUCGGCCAAGACUCGCUGGUCCUGAAACUGAAGAAGGAGCUGGAGCCCGGGGAGUACAGCAUCUUCCUGAAGCUGACGGACAGCCAGGGCAAGGCGCAGAUGACAGAAGUCAAAGCCCAGGUGUGCGAUUGUGAAGGGGCAGCCGAAAACUGUGAGCAGAGAGCGUUCACUGCCACUGCCAUCGUCAACAUCAGGGAUGCCAUCAGCAACGUUCCCAUCUUCAGCUUCACCAUGGUUGGAGGCACGGAGAGGCCGCAGGGCUCCCUGACCACCCACGUGCUGAACACGGCCACGGGGCUGCCCGCUGCCCGCCUCGCCCUGCGCCUGGCCCAGCUGCAGGAGCCGGGGGCGCAGUGGAGGGAGCUGGCACAGAGGUGGACGGAUGAGGACGGGCGCUGCCUGCCCCUCCUGCCUCCGGGGCAGGCUAAGGCUGGCACCUACAAGCUGCACUUUGAGACGGCGGCGUACUGGGAGAGCCUGGGGUACAGCAGCUUCUACCCCUUCGUGGAGGUCGUCUUCACCAUCACCGACCCAACCCAGAAGCUGCACGUCCCGCUGCUGAUCAGCCCCUACUCCUACACAACGUACCGGGGCAGCUAGGGCAAGGCACAUCCUCCCCGCAGGGGCCGCCACUACACGACUGACACCAUUAAAGGAUUCAAACAGCA